AUGACUAGUGUGAAACAGUGGAGGCAUCAGUCACUGGAAAUCAAUGGACCGAAUCAGAAAGCAAUGGAGGAUAAAGAUCCCGAAAUUGUUGUAAGUGGAUAUGAUGAAGAAUCAGUCGAUGAUGAGGAUGUGAAACAACCAUCGUCUGUAUGUCGUGCUGAAAAAUCACUUGGCAUAUUAACCCAGCGAUUUGUUGAUUUAUUACAACGAGCACGGGGUGGCAUUGUCGAUUUGAAUAUUGCCGCAGAAGAACUACAAGUGAGACAGAAACGAAGGAUAUACGAUAUAACCAACGUGCUGGAAGGUAUUGGAUUAAUUGAAAAAAAGUCGAAAAAUAUCAUUAAUUGGAAAGGUGGAAAGUUGAGGAAGCAUGGUUCAUUUCCGGAUAUUGAUCCUGAAGAACAGAAACGUAUUUUGAAGCAGAAAGCUGAGUUAGAAGAGUUGGAGAAGGAAGAACGCAUUCUCGAUACCCACAUUAAGUGGAUGAAACAAAGCUUACGAAAUGUUAGUGAAUAUCAAAAAAACAUGAAGUUGGCAUAUUUGACGGAAGAAGACAUACUGUCAGUUUUUGAAGAUAGCCGGGUUUUUGCGAUACAGGCUCCUCCUGGGACUUUUGUUGAAAUUGGUGCACCUCCAAGGAUGCGUGACUUUGAUAUGCAAUACAAUUUACGACUGAAAAGUACAUUUGGCCCCGCCAACGCAAUACUGUUAGGAGAAAUGAACAGUGAUCAAAGUCAAGGCGACUUAUUUACUAACAAGUCUCAGCCUAUACCAUAUGUUGUGGAGGGUGAUGUACCCAGACAGUUUUUGGAGGAGGAUGAAGAUGAAGGUUUACUGAAGAAGAGGAGAUUGGAUGAAGAAUUUAGCGACAGCUCUGAUCCCGUUUUGCCUUUUAUUCCCUCUCAAAGCGAUCGGCAGAAAUCAUCUCAGCAAACGUGCAGUUCUCUACAAUCACAAAUAGAGACCAGUCCCACGUUUAGUCAAGAAAUUCGAGAAGUAAUGAGGAAGCUAAGUCCACCACCGUCCGAACGUGAUUAUAUUUUUAGUUUGAGUCAGGGUGAGACAUUACCGGACCUUUUUGAAGAUGAUCUUAUUUGA